UGCACACUUCGCUUCUUGCACAAUCAACUUUGAUUGCACAUUAUUCUCCCGCACACAAAGCACAACUCAAGCAACACCACGCCACACCAGCCCAAGCACCUUGCUCCCACAGACGGCCACGAUGACCGACAAGGCAGACCAGCAGCCCCAGCAGCAGCAAGUAGAGGGGCAUGUGCCGUGCGAGGAGGAUGUGCUUGAGGCCAUCUUCAACCCCAACAUGCCCUUUGGGUCUGCAACACAGGAGCCCGAGCUGCACGGCCCAGCGGACGCGAAGGAAGACACGGAGGAAGAGAAGCGCAUGCGCGAGAAGGAGCGGGCCGCCAUCAAGCUCGCCGAGGACCAGAAGCUCGACGAGGCGCUGGCGGCGUUCUCGGAGCUGAUCAAGGAGAACCCCUCGCGCGCAGCCGGGUACAACGACCGCGCGCAGGUGUACCAGAUGAAGGGCGACAAGGAUUCCGCCAUGAAAGACCUCGACUACGCCAUUGAGAAGUGCGAGCUGAGCACCAAGGUGGCGCAGCAGGUGUAUGCCCAGCGCGGCGUGCUCAAGCGCCUGAACGGCGACACAGAGGGCGCCCGCAAGGACUUUGAGACAGCAGGCAUGUAUGGCAACGCCUGGGCGCGACAUGAGGCCGUGAAGCUCAACCCAUAUGCGGCACUUUGCAACCAGAUGCUCAAGCAAGCCGUUGAUAAACUCAGCGGCAAGGCACCAGAGGCACAGGCAGCAGCCACCAAGGGGCAGAACGGAGACCACACCACCAGCACACCUUCGUCAUAAGUCUGUGUGUGUGCAUGUUGUGGUGUGUGUGUGUGUGUGUGUGUGUUGUGGUGUGUGAGUGUGAAUGUGUAUAUGUGUUGUGUGUAUGUGUAUGUUGUGGUACAUCACCAGAUCACCACGUCUGUGCACCAUCCUUCUUCCCCUUCACCUCAACACUUCCUUACCCCUCCACCCGCUCUAUCUCGCAUAUUUGUCCUUGUCCACGUGCAACCUUUGCGUUCAUUCGUUCGUCGAUCACCACCAUAAACAACAACAGAGAAGUGGA